AUGGCUGAAAAAUUAUCAGAACAACAAAUUGCUGAAUUUAAAGAAGCAUUUUCUUUAUUCGAUAAAGACAGUGAUGGCAAAAUAACCACUAAAGAAUUAGGUACAGUUAUGAGAUCGUUAGGUCAAAACCCUUCAGAAAGUGAGUUGACUGACAUGAUAAAUGAAGUUGAUGUCAACUCUGAUGGUUCAAUUGAUUUCCCAGAAUUUUUGACCAUGAUGGCAAGAAAAAUGAAGGAUACUGAUUCAGAGGCAGAAAUUGCAGAAGCGUUCAAAGUAUUCGACAGAAACGGUGAUGGAAAGAUUAGUGCUGCCGAGUUAAGGCAUGUGUUGACUUCAAUUGGUGAGAAAUUGUCUGAUGCUGAUGUGGAUCAAAUGAUUAAAGAAGCUGAUACCAACAAUGAUGGUGAGAUUGAUAUCCAAGAGUUUACUCUGUUAUUAGCAGCUAAAUAA